AUGUCACCUCCACCAUAUACAAAAAUACGAUAUAAUAAAUGUCAUAUAUUUUAUUAUCAAUAUCUCAUUAGCAAAGGAAUUUGUGGUACCAGUUCGAAUCCUAUUACUCCUAUGAACUCUCUAUUACUAAUACCAGAAUUGGACACUAUAGGAUCUCCUAGAUAUCCACCUGCUCCUGAUUCAUUACAUAUAGACAAGAGUUCCUUCUCUACUGACAGUACAUAUCAGGGAUCUGAAGGAUAUAAUAAUGAGAGAAGAGGUCUUGUAGACAUUCUUAUUCAACAACUUUCUAAGACUACCAAGAUCAUUAUAUCUUUUUGGCAACUAAAUGAGUUACAAGUAAGAUUGAUAAGAGAAAACAAAUAUGAAUGA